CAAGUUACAUUCAACAAGGAAACAUGGAGACUUUCAACCUGAGCAUUCUACUCAGCCUGGCAGUUGCAGUUUACUGCAUGCCAAUAUCACAGGUUACUGAGCAAGAUGAGAAUUUUGCAGAGAGCUACCUGAAGAAAUUCUUCAACCUAACAGAGGAGAGCGGUCCGACUGUCCGACGGGGGAUCGGCCCAAUGAGCAAGAAAGUGAGUGAGAUGCAGAGAUUCUUCAGACUCCAGAUCACCGGGACGCUGGAUGCUGACACCAUGGCUAUGAUGAAGAAACCUCGCUGUGGCGUUCCAGACACCAAGGUUUCCCUAUACGCCAUAACUGGAGACAACCUGAAGUGGCAGAAAAACAGCCUUACCUACAGGAUUGAGAACUACACACCUGACAUGUCUGUGUCAGAGGUGGAUGACUCCAUAGAGAAAGCGCUGCAGGUCUGGGCCAAAGUCACUCCUCUGAGGUUCACAAGGAUCUACAGUGGCACUGCUGACAUCAUGAUCUCCUUUGGCACCAGAGAACAUGGAGAUUAUUACCCCUUUGAUGGCCCUGAUGGCACUCUUGCUCAUGCCUUCGCCCCAUCUCCUGGCAUUGGAGGAGAUGCUCAUUUUGAUGAUGAUGAGACCUUCACCUACCGCUCAAAUGCAGGCUACAUCCUCUUCAUGGUAGCUGCCCAUGAAUUUGGCCACUCUCUGGGCUUGUCUCACUCUACUGAUCCUGGUGCCCUCAUGUACCCUGUGUACUCAUCCAGAGACCCUGACACCUUUGUUCUGCCCCGGGAUGAUGUCAACGGCAUCCAGUCUCUCUAUGGUGAAAACACUUUGAACCCUGGUCCUGGACCCACAUCUCCCACCACGCCUGAUGCCUGUGAUUCAAACAUGGUCUUGGAUGCAGUUGCCAGCCUCAGAGGAGAGAUAUUCUUCUUCAAGGACAGCUUCUUCUGGCGUAGCUACCCCCAGAGCAAUACACCUCAACAAAGUUUCAUCACAAACUUCUGGCCUAAAGCCCCGGUCAAUAUCGAUGCUGCUUAUGAGAGCCGAGAGUCAGACAGGAUCUUACUCUUUAAGGGUCGUCAAGUGUGGGCUUUCAGUGGCUACGAUCUGGUGUCUGGCUAUCCUAAGUCAAUUUCCAGUUUUGGUCUGCCUGAAACCGUAGAGAAAGUCGAUGCUGCUCUCUAUGACGUGGACAGUGGCAAGACUCUGUUCUUUGUAGGCAGCAAUUACUACAGUUAUGAUGAGGUCAAUAAGGCCAUGGACCAGGGAUUCCCCAAACAGGUGUAUGAGACCUUCUCUGGACUGACCGGCCAGGUGACUGCAGCUUUCCAGUUGAGAGGCUUUACUUACAUCUACAGUGGACCCAACAUGUUCGAGUAUCACCUGGGGAGCGGGAGGUUGUUCCGUGUGCUGAGGAACAGCUACUUCUUACGCUGCACCAAAGUCUAGACCAGUUCAUUGCCCAGGCAGUUUAUGUAGCUCCUCUGAAUGACAAUGAAGGCACCAAAGUUCCAUAAUAUAUAAUUUCAUAGUUUAUGAUAUAGGAUUGUACACAUUCAUGGGGGUAUACACUGGAUUUUUGCCUUUCCUGAAAACAGCACCUUAUAUGUUUUUUUUCUUUCUUAGAAUAGCAUUUUGUGAGGUCAGCCAUUGCUACUUUAAGUUAAUUUAACUCUACAUUAUUUUAUUUCAUCAUCACUGUUUAAGUAUUGUUGUUGCUAAUUUUGUUGCUGCUUUAAUUUUGUGUUUAGUGAAGUUGAACCAUGGAACUUAACUUAAUUGUAACAUAUGAAUGUAUGCAAAUUGUUUACAAAAAUGUGACACAGUCAAGGGAAAUUGUUACAUGAAUUAGCAAAUAAAAGGUUGUUCAAGUGCA